UAUGGCUCAGAAACUACAUUAUUUCAAUACUCAUGGGCUCGCCGAGUCCAUUAGGUACAUUUUGCACUAUUCCGAACAAAAGUUUGAAGACAUUCGUUAUGAAAUGAAGAAUUGGCCUAUCAAGGAAGUUAAGGAGAGAUUACCAUACGGUCAACUACCUUUCUAUGAAGAAGGAAAUCGUUCACUGAACCAGUCACUAGCAAUCGCCCGUUACUUGGCCAGCAAGUGCGAUCUUGUGCCUUCUGACCCAUGGGAUCAAGCUAUCUUGGACGCGGCUGUCAUGAAUGUAUAUGACUUCUUCCUUAUUGCCCGGCCUUGGUUCAGAGUACAAGAUCCGGAAAAAAAGGAAGCUAUAAAGAAGAAAUUCCUGGGAGAAUCAGCUGAAUUCUACCUUUCCAGGUUCGAAAAGGAACUAAAGAACAACAACGGAUACUUUUGUCGAAAGCUCUCCUGGGCGGACUUCAUCUUAGUUGCCAUUGUGGACGUGAUUAAUCUAUUGUUUAAUAUUGAAAUCGAGAAGGAUUAUCCCUCCGUGCAGACGCUCGUUAAGAAGAUCAGAAAUUUGCCGGGAGUGAAAGAAUACAUUGCUAAAAGGCCUCCUUACCACGUCUAAAUUUGAUCUAUAUGAUUGUUGUUAUUAUUAAAUACAUUUUGUGGUACAGUAGUUUCAAUGUGACAUCGUCUUUACUAAAAGUAACUUAUGCAAAUCACAGGUACGUUACGUCAGAAAUAAAUACCAAUUUUCUCAAACAUGUUCGGAAAUG